AUGCAUUUAUCAACUCUUUACCUUCACUCUUCCCUUCUACUUGCUUCAUCGUUUCUCUCAACAGUGAUUGCAGCACCUUCCAACAAACUCUUGGACGCUGACCUCGCUGUCAAUGGCUUUGGUCUUCAAGACGAGAGCGGAGACUCUGAUGGAGUUUCUGCAAAGGCCGAAGUCAGCGCUGAGACCGACUACAAGGUUCCCAGUGACUACAACAAGCCUCGUGUUCUAGAGGCCAACAUUGACGUCACCCGCUUGGGCCUCGAUCCCGUCAUCUUUUACCCUGACAACGAUGAUGAGGAUACAGAGGUCGAGGACACUGAUGAGGAGAAGCGCAGCAUCUUUGCAAGACUUUUCCCCAGGGCCUUGUCUUCUGACAAGAAGGAGGCUCUCCGUCGCCACAAUGUCGCUCGCUCCAAAGUUAAGGUCAAGAGCCUGGUGUGGGAUACUAAGCUCGAGUCAGCUGCUACAGCUUAUGCUAAGAAGUUGGCCAAGGCUGGUAAGCUGAAGCACUCUUCAGGAUCGGACCGUCCCAACCAAGGCGAGAACCUCGCAUAUGCUUGGGCAAGCAAUGGAUUCAAGAACCCCAUCACUGCUGGUACUCAGGGCUGGUUGAACGAGAAAAAGUAUUACAAGAGAGAGACUAUUCCCAAGGGUAACUUCUCAAUGUAUGGCCAUUACACCCAAUGUGUUUGGAAGACCUCAACAAAGAUCGGUAUUGGUGCCGCCAAGGAUUCCAAGGGCGCUUGGUACACUGUUGCUCGAUAUUCCGGUCCUGGCAAUGUCGUCGGCCAGAAGGCGUACUAA